AUGAUUCUUUGGAAUUUAACAAAUAUUUUUAUUAUAUUAUCAUCCUUUAAUUUUUAUGUAAUAUUUUCAUGUUCAAGUGGAGAUGAAUUAAGUAUUAUAUCUAAUCCAACAUUCUCAUUAACAUUUCAACCACCAGCAGCUUGGACUUAUCCCUUAUCAAAUGCUGAAGAAACAUUAUCAUUUUUUCCUGGUCAACCAAUGACACAAACUAGUGCACAAAAUAUUGCUUCAAUUGAUAUGGAAUCUGCUGUUUUAGGAGCUUUUAAAGAAAUUGGUUUACCUCCUGAUGGUAUUUCUGUAAAAGCAACAUACAUACCACCACAAUAUCACGAUUGUUACAAGAAUAGUGCAGCAUCAACUGAACUUCAAGCACUUAAAGUUGGUAGUACCUUUCAAAUAUUUGAAAAUGGUGUUAUAACACGUACAGCCACAAUUGGUGGAGCUGAUUUAACCUUUGACAUUUGUCUUGCUCAAUCGUUUGCUGAAAAUAGUAUAACAUUGACCUAUACAGAUAUCAUUGAACAGGCAACUAUCAAAAUUGAUAAUUUUUCAGCAUCAAAGUUUACAGUUAAACAACUAGCAUCUAUUGUAACAACAAAAUUAGUAUUUGGAAGAGGUGUCAAAUUUCUUAAAGAAAUUGUAAUAUCAUAA